AUGGGUAAACAGCUGUCCAAUGGAAGGAAAAGAAAUAAAAAAGGGAAUACGGGAUAUUCGAGUGCCAGGAAACAAAGUUGGCUUAUCCGACUGCGGGAGAGGAAGCCGAUUCCGAGAGAGAGACAAGGUGGUAUAGCGUCAUGCUUACGAAACUUUCGGACCGACUUCCUGGAGGAAUGGCCGACGCCAGGCACCGGUCCUCAUUUUGACAUUUCAAUGCAGUCGAAUUUUACCGGGCUGGUGGGGAAAACGGUGCAUCUCGUGUGCAAGGUGAAGAACUUGGGGAAUCGAACGGUUUCCUGGGUAAGGCAUCGGGAUAUACAUUUGUUAACGGUUGGUCGUUAUACCUAUACCAGCGAUCAACGUUUCGAGGCACUACACUCUCCUCAUACGGAGGACUGGACCUUGAGGAUACGAUAUCCUCAGCGUAAGGACUCCGGGAUUUAUGAGUGCCAAAUAUCUACGACCCCGCCCAUCGGCCAUCCUGUGUAUUUAACGAUAGUUGAGCCGAUAACCAUUAUAAUUGGAGCGCCGGACCUCUUCGUCAAUAAGGGCAGCACCAUCAAUCUAACGUGCGUCGUAAAAUACGCUCCCGAACCACCUCCGACGAUGACCUGGAGUCAUAACACGGAAAUUAUCAAUUUCGAUUCGCCACGUGGAGGAAUCAGUCUUGUUACGGAAAAGGGGCCCGAAACAACGAGUCGUUUAAUGAUUCAAAAAGCCGUGCCGAGCGACUCCGGGAUCUAUCGAUGCGAGCCGAGCAAUGCGAAUCCUAGCAGUAUAAAAGUGCACGUUGUAAACGAAGAACAUCCAGCCGCGAUGCACCACGGGGAAAGCGGAAGCUCCUUGUAUAGCAAGACACGGCCGAUUUGUUUUAUAAUUUUAGUAAUAGCUAAUAUAAUGUUUAUAUAAAGCGAGAAGUACGGAAAACACACUUACCCCGACACACGCGAUGGAACGAGAAGCGCGAUUAUUGAGAAUCGCGGAUUACCUAUUUAACGUCGUUAACGUUUCUUGGAUAAAUAUUUGUGCAGGGUAAAACCGAACAUUACAGUUUACAUUUAAAAGAAAAGACAAAAAUCGAACUUCCGUGACCAAAAGAAUUUUCAAAUAUCAGCACGGCACAAUAAUCGGUAAGAGCGUAGUAUUUUGUUAACAUAUAUCAUCAAGAACAAAUAACUUACGACGUCAAAAUUUAUUGUAUUAUUUGUAAAUAAAUUUAUUGUAUGUACAUAUCAAUAAAACAAUUGUCUUUA